AUGCCUCAAACGAAAUUCCCUAACCCACCUCUAUUCCAUCGGGCUUCCAUAUCUCCUUCGUCAACACCCAUUACAACCAUAAUUAAGCGCCUGCUACGAUCUCGAGGUCCUUCUACCCUUGAUGGUCUGCCGGAUUUUCGUUUCUACUCCAUCCCUGAUGGCCUUCCGCCAUCUGAUGAUGCUGAUACCACACAGUCAAUCCCCGCCCUCUUUGAAUCUCUUCCUAACCACAGUUUGGAGCCUUUCUGUGAGCUGAUCACUAAACUUAAUGGUGGCGAGGAGUCCGAUGUGCCACCAGUGACAUGUAUUAUAUCCGAUGGGUGCAUGAGCUUUACUCUUACAGCUGCCCACAGGUUUGGGUUGCCGGAAGUACUGUUCUGGACGCCAAGUGCUUGCGGGCUUUUGGGUUACACUCACUAUCGUGAACUUGUUCAGAGGGGGUAUAUUCCCCUCAAAGAUAUGAGCGACAUGACAAAUGAGUAUUUGGAAACAAGAUUAGAUUGGAUUCCUGGAAUGAAUAACAUCCGACUAAGGGAUUUACCAAGUUUCAUUCGAACAACAGACAUAAACGACAUCUUGUUCACCUAUCUUAUGACCGAGGCAGAGACUCUCCCUAGAGGCACCACUAUUGUGCUCAACACAUUUGAUGCUUUAGAAAAAGAUAGUGUUAACCCCUUAAUUGCAAUAAACACACAAACCUUCACCAUAGGCCCACUACACUUGAUGCAACAACAUAUUCACGAUGAUCAACUCAAACACAUUGGAUCCAAUCUUUGGAAAGAAGACGAGACAUGCAUCAGGUGGCUAGAUACAAAAGAUCCUGGAUCGGUUGUUUACGUAAACUUUGGAAGUAUUACGGUAAUGACAAAAGAACAACUCAUCGAGUUUGGGUGGGGACUUGCUAAUAGCAAGAAAAAUUUCUUGUGGAUAACCAGGCCGGACAUUGUCGGAGGCAAAGAGGCCUUGAUGCCACCAGAGUUUGUCGAUGAGACGACAAAGAGAGGCUUGGUAACCAGUUGGUGUCCUCAAGAACAGGUUUUGAAGCAUCCAUCAAUCGGGGGAUUCUUGACUCACAGUGGAUGGAACUCGACUAUUGGGAGUAUUGGUAGCGGUGUUCCAGUGAUUUGUUGGCCGUUUUUUGCAGAGCAACAAACAAAUUGUCGAUAUAGUUGUGUACAGUGGGGGAUUGGAAUGGAAAUUGAUACAAAUGUUAAGAGGGAGGAGGUGGAGGCUCAGGUGAGGGAGAUGAUGGAUGGGAAGAAAGGGAAGAUGAUGAAAAUUAGGGCUUUGGAGUGGAAGAAAGAAGCCGAAAAAGCCGUUGUUAUUGGUGGAUCGUCUUAUCUCAACUUUGACAAAUUAAUUAAUGAGGUUCUAGUAAGAAAGUUCGUUGAUAAUUAGUUGCUCUUCAUUAACAUGUCAUUUAAAUUAAAGUUUGGAAAUAUCCACUUGGUUGAUUGUUUGUUUUCCAAAUAAAACAUCAAAAAGAUAUUGUAAUCAUUUUGAAUUUAUCAUAAACGAAAG